UUCCAAGGAAGUUAAUUCACUUUCAGAGAGCUAGUUUGAGCUAUAAAAAAGAAAAUAUAUCAUACGUGUAACUAAACUUCGUUAGUUCCUGAGUUGCUUAGAUUGCUGGAAGCUAAGCCCAAUAAUGGCCUCUGUAAAUGGAAUACCUGUAUCAAUCGUUUGUUCUUGCUGUUCGUGGAGAAGAAGCUGGCCAUUGAAUGUUGGUAUUGCUCUAGCGGUGCUGCUGGGUGUAGGAAAGUUGGUUGUAGGAGCUAACAACACGAGGAGUUGUACUUUGGAAAACAAUGCACCCGUGUUCAUUCUUGGGAGUCUUAUGGCCCCUGUGAUAUAUUUGGUUUUUGUCAAAGUCGUCCAGUUCCGCCGUGGACAUGAAAUCCCUGCUCAGCAAGGGAAAGCAGACCAUAGAGAGAGUGAAGAUGCAACGAGAAGCGGGAAAAUCAUUUGUGGUAUAUUAGCUAUCGCAAACAUCGCCUGGCAGAUGGCAGGUACGAGAUGGGUAUACUCAGUGUAUCAGACAGUAUGGGUUGAUGGUUCUGUCCCUUGUACAGCUGAUAAUAAGCCGGCAGGAUGUACUGAUGGGAAAUGCGAUGAAAUCUUUGUCAAAAUUGCAUGCGCUUUCAUCUCCAUAGACUGGAUUUGUCUCGUGUUCUGCUGUGUGUACUUGCUAUAUGUUGUAUGUAAAAGGUGUAAUAUAGUUUGCACCGUUUCAACUGAGGCAAAUGAAGACGUGCAAGUGGUCGGCGUUUCUACAGGGGCAAUACAACAAACGUGUGUGCAGGUUGGAGAGGAGAUCGUGAAAGAUGCUGGGGCGUUUGUAGGUGAAGUUCUUGAAGGAAAAAAAUAGAUGAAGAUGAUGAAAUGUGAAAUAACACGGUGUAAAAUAAAGCUGAUUUUUAUAUAUACCCUGUCGGAUCCACCUUUUAUAUUAUAAAAUUGAAUUAGAAUAAUUAGAUAUAUUCAAAACCUAAGGAAAAUAAAACAUCUUAUUUCAUAA